AUGGGUUGGGGGGGCAUUACGUGGGCUGUCCCUCGACCCAACGCGCAAUCCCUCCUCUCAUGGGGUCACAUCGACCUUCCCUGGGCCCUCACCCCCCACAUUCUCUCCCUCCCCAUCCUCCCCACUCUCCUCCUCCUCCUACUCGGUUUCCUCCCAGCCGUCUCUCUCCUCUUCUUUUCCACGUCAUCCUCCAGUCGUAAGGGAAAGGGUGCGAAAGCCGGCGAAGGCGAGGCGAAACUAGUAACCAGAUCGUCGGCGAUCUGGUCGUCCACCUGGGUGCUGUGGCUUCGCGGAAAGUUCCCUCCAGGGCCCUGGGGAUUGCCGUUCUUCGGCAGUCUGCCUGACAUCCUCCGCGAUGGCGAUCCUCACCGUCGGAUCACGGAUCUCGCCGAAAUCUACGGUCCAGUCAUGGGGAUGCGUCUAGGUCGAACCCCAACGGUCGUCCUCUCCUCUCCAGCCGCGGCGCGCCAGGUUCUGAGGGAUGCUGACAUGGCAUGCGCGUCGCGCCCCGCGGCGAUCACAUCCGCGCUGUUAACGCACGGACCGCGCGAUCUCGUGUUCGCGCCGUACGGGCCGCCUUUCGUGCAUCGGCGGAAGCUCGCAACGAGCCAUCUGUUCACGGCGGAGCGCAUCGCGGCUUGGCGCGGAGUGCGCGCGGACGAGGCGGAGGGGAUGGUGACCGCGGUGGUCGACGAAAUCGCGGCGGCGGAAAAAGCGGCGGGGGAAGCGGCGGCGCAAGCGGAGGGUCUUGCGUGGGCAGAAGUCGAGAUCCGCCCGCAUCUAGCGCGGGUUUCAUUGAACAAUAUCCUCCGCAUGAGCUGCGGGCGCCGGUACCAGUUUAGCCGCCCGGGAAAGCCGGACGCUCUCGCGGACGAAGUUAACUCCGUGAUCUUUAAGAUCGCGGGGCUCCUAGGGCCGUUUAACUACGUCGACCACGUGGCGGAAUGGGAUUGGUUUGACAAGUGGACCGGCGGACUGACAGGCAAGUGCCGCGUACUUGCGCCGAAGCUUCAGAAAUUCUUCCGGGGAGUGCUGGACGACCAUCGCAGGAUGCGGAGGGAGGAGGAGGGGAAACGCGAGAAAGCGGCGCAAGCGGCAGCAGCAGCAGCGGAAGCGGCGGCGGCGGCGGAAGGGGAGGGGGAGGGGACGGAAGGGACGGAUAGGGAGGAAACAGCAGCAGCAACAGCAAGAACAGCAAGAGCAGCAACAGCAGCAGCAGAAGCAGCAGCAGCAGCAGCAAAAGCAGAUGAACGGCAGCGCAAGCGCUGA